AUGAAACUGUAUUGUUCUGCUGAAUGUUUGUAUGAAUAUCUUUGUAAUGUUUCAUUUAAUAAUGCAGUGAAGAAUAGAAUAAGUGCAGGUUCAAGAGGAGUGAGAAUGGCGUUUGAUCGAUUCCAGAGUGCAUCAUCAGGUUCAGACUCAUUCCUUUCCUCAAAUAAACAUCAGUCCUGUGGAACUGCAGACACCGAAAAGCUAUUGCAGCCUUACAUUCCAUUACCCGAUUUCUCACUGUCAGAAGAACCUCCCAUGUCCUACACACCCUGGUCUGCACAGGAUGAUCCAUACCAACUCAUUAAUUGCACCCAGAACAAUGUUAAAAGCAGGAAUCUCCCAGAUGGAAAUGACUGUGGAAGUGAAGCUGAUCUCUAUGGGCUGGUGUCAAAUAUCUUGGAGGAGGCUGAUCAAAUGGACAGUUACUAUACUGAAGAGACAUUAUCCCAACUGAAAUCUGUCUGGUCUCCCAAGUCAAUGAGCGACGAUUGCCAGCAGUACUUCCAGUCUGAGUCCAAAGUGCAGUCCAACUUUCUGCCGAACCAUGUUUACCCUGAGUCUUUCAGUAACGCACAAGGGCAGCCAAUGAACAGAGGUUCCGAAGAGUUCUACCAGCGUUUCAACGGCUUUGAUACCAGUGACCAGCAGUGGCUCCGCUCUUCCUGCAAUGGAGAUAUGGACACUAGAUACUCUCUACAGACCCAAGACCUGCUGAAGCCGCCGGGACUACCACUGCCCAACGUGGGGAACGCCUACUGUUCAAACACUAGGCCGUGUAAUCACGAGUACAACACAGCUGAGAAGGUUGGAGGGUUCUGUGGGUCUAGGAACGCUCUUUCUGACCGCAUGAAUGCCUUUGCACCGUCCUUCUGCCCCCAGAGCAAGAUAAACAGCCAGUGCUUUGACCACUACUAUGGAGAGUUCCCAGGCCAGAUCAGCGCCAAGCCCAGAAGGACCAAGCAGUACACCAUGCAAGAGGUCAACAAGCUGGCCAGCAACAUCCAGGCUCUGAUGGUGGGUGAGCAGGACAACGCAUGUGUUAGGGAGCCCCAGAACCGGCAGAGUGUGCAGAUGCAGUAUGACAACAUCAUGGCCGAACAGAGGAAACUCUCCAACACCAGGAUCCCUGGGCAAAGCACUCAAGCCAUGCAGUUUAAGACGGAACUGGGAGGGGAGUAUGGAGCCAUGCAGAGGGAGACUGAUGGAGGAAUGAAGAGCAAACAGCCGCUACAGAGAGACUUUGAUUCCAAAGACUUAUCUGGAUUUGGUCCACAACACGUUGAGUAUUUCCAACAACCAAAAUCAUUCUCAGCGUCUUUUAAUCCUACAAUUUCUCACCAAAACAAGAUGGCUGUCCAGAAAGGAAGCAACGCCCUCUCUACGGGCCUGAGUCUGAACCAGUACUCUAACCAUUAUAGCCAGCAGAACCAGUUGCAGAACAAACUCAAGCAGCAGCAUCAGCAGCCAAGGGGAAACUGUUUAUCCUCUGGGCCGUCCAAGAUGCUGUCCCACUCUGUGUCUGAGUUUGUACCUCAGCACUCCCACCAGAUGCAGAGGGGACCACCACCGUGCAUCCAGGACUACAGUCAGGGGGGCGGGCCCAGCCUCCACAGCAGCAGGGAAGGACAGAACCAGGUCGGGAUGGGCAUGGGCGGACUGAGGAGGGGAGCCAGCGACAGUGACUUUGAGAUGCAGCUGGACAAGAGCAGGAUGCACAUGGCUGGACUGGUGGCUGAUGGCUGUUCCUCCACUCAGCGUUUGGAUGGGAAGACAAGGCCCCAGACCAGCACUCACAUGACAGGAGACGGGGACAAAAAGCAGGGGCUCCUGCAGAACCCUUACCUCGAACUACUCGGCAGCAUGUAUGGCUCUCAGAGAUUCGGUGGAGGAAACGGCACCAUCAACGUAGGAAAGAACCCAGCCUUUCUGCCUUGCAUGUAUCAGGCUGUGAAUGACCCCAGACAGAACUCCUGCCACAUGUCUCUGAACUCUGCCAGCUUCAACUCCAGAUCCUCCUUCCCCUACGGCGGUUCCACCCCCCCCAUGGACCUGUGUGACCUGCUGCCAGACGGGGAGUUUGCAGCUUUCAACCCUUACCUCAAUGACAUGAUGGGCUCCAGCGGAGAGGACCCUUACCCAGGGAUGAUGGGAGGCCUCUGCUCCCCGAGGAUAAUAAGGAACCGGGGAGGACCCAUGAGCCAGCUCCACUUCCACCUGGAGGAGUGCUAUGAGCAGUGGAAAGUCCUGGAGAAGGAGAGGAAGAAGACAGAGGAUGUCCUUACCAUGAGUUAUCCUGGAAAGCGGAUUUCUGUGGUGACCAGCAGUGCCCUCCCCAAAAUCCCACCUAACCCUUCCAGAGUGGACCGUCUCAUCGUGGACCAGAUCCGAGAACAAGCCAAGGUGGUGAGCCUUCUGGGUAAAAUGGAGUGUCUGCGUACCUUCCCCCUCCAUGCCAAUAUCUGUUCAGCACUGGACAGACACCUCGAGGCUAUUUACAUUAUCCAGGCCAGACGCAAUGAGGAAUUUGUCAACACUUCAAACCAUCAGAGACAGGCCAGCGCACAUUUCAGAGAGGACAGAGAUAUCCUGCUGCUUGCUACAGCACUGAGGGAUCUGUGUUUGACCACAAGGAAGUCCCGCACUGCCCUGUGGUGUGCCCUACAGAUGACCCUACCCAAGUCCAACACGGACAAGCUGGAUGAGCAGAGCACCUCUGAGGAGACCAGCCCAGGGAGAACACUUAUAACCAGUUCUGAUGCCACUGAGCCACCCUAUGGUUCACGUGACACUCACGUUCAUGCUAUAGAUGUUGCUGAGUUGCUCUAG